AUGCAGUCACAAACCUGGCGAGUUAAUGCUGUUAAUGGUUAUCUUGGGAGACAGCGAGAGCCAUCUCUGUGUCUGUACCAUUCAGCCCCUGCUGCUGCGGUCCAACAGAAGGCUGUGGAUGGGAAAAGAGAGGAGUUCAGACUGGUCUACAGGUUUCCGGGGAUUAAGUACUGCAGGGUGCUGUCCAGACUGAAGCUGUUACAGACUGCCACCACCAUGGUCAUACUGCCUCCCAUCUGCUACCUCUAUCUGCAAGACCAGGUUUCUCAGAAUAUCCUCUUGUAUACAACUGGCGUUGCGCUCUUUGCUGGUGCGAUGUUGUAUGGUAUGAGCUACUUUUUCAGACGAAUUAUUGGAUUAAUCUACUUAAAUGAAACUGGCUGUACUGUCAAAGUGGCCCACUUGACGUUUUGGGGAAGACGGAAUGAUAUUUAUUGUCCCAUAGAGACAGUGAUGACUCUGGAUGAAGCUGGAGAUAGCAAGGGGGAGCUACUUCUCCAGUUCAAACGGUAUAACAGUACAGAUGUUUUAUAUUUUACAGUUAAGUUUGGACAGAUUAUAGACAGACAGAAGUUUACCCAAAUAUUUGGAGAACUUAAGUGA